AUGCUUUAUUAGGAUUAGAGAAAAAUGAUAAUCAAUCAAAAUAAAUAUGAGAAAGCUAAAAUGAAUCGACCAAGAUCUAUUUCGAAUAAUGCAAUAUCAUUUAACGUGGAAACCUAAUAGCAACAAUUAAAGAAUGAUGUGGCUGCAAAUUAUCAAACAUCAAUUAGCGAAGUUAGGUAAUUUAAUUUGAAUCAAAGAAAUAACUCCUUUAAUUAAGGAGUAGAAAAUAAUGCUAAAAUCCUUAAUCAGCAAAAUCAUUAUGAUUUCAAUAGAUUAAUGAAAAAUUUUCACUCCAUGCAAUACACAAAUAACAAAAUAAAGGAAACCUAAAAAUGCUCAAUUCAAGAUAAAAAUAGAGCAGUUUAAGCAAAAUCUCAAGAAAAAUAAACAAGAACUUAACAUAGUUCAUAAACAAGAUAAGUAAAAUAAGAUGACAACGACAUUUAAGAACUCCUGAGAUUAAAUAAAACAGAGACAAUAAAUAGUAAUAAUAUAAAGAAAAAUGAAAAUAAUAGAAUAAAUACAUCUGAUGUUAGAGAAAGAAUGAAAAAUUACCCUUAAAAAUCAUCAAGUCCUCAAAUUAUACCUCCACCUAGACCUAAAUCAUCGAUGGAGGAUAAAAGUGUGACUAUCAUGUCAUUAUACUUAAGGGAUAUGAAAGAAAAUAUAUAAUAGAAAGAUAUUUAAAAGAUUUGCAAUGAGAUGGGUUAUCAUGUAGUAAAAUUUGAUAGAGAUUAUGAUAAAAUAAAUAACAUAGCGAAUGGUUAAGGAUGUUUAUAGAUAAGAGGCAAUAGUAAUGAUAGUAAAUUUAUGAAUUUAUAAACAAAUUUAAGCAAAAAAGGAAUAAACUUAGGGGAUUAAAAUUAAAAUCUAAAAGAUUUUAUUUCAAAUAAGUAUUUGCUAAAAAAAUAGGAGUACUCUUAAAUCGAGACUUAACCGAUUUUAAAUUAGGAUGAAAAAUUGCUUAAUAAUUUUUUAAAAUUUUAGAAAAGAAAGAAAGGAUAAUUUAUUUGA